GAGGGGAGGGGAGGGGAGAUGUGGUCGGGUGCCGCGCGGACGCCAGGGGUAGAUGGGUGCAUUGAACCCCCCUCCUCCUCCUCCACACGCACACGAGGAAAAUAAACACUCGGGUGUGAUAUAGGCUGCUGCGCGAGGUGUGCGUGGACGUGCACGCGGCUGUUUCGGCUGUUUGUUUUUGUUGAUUCGUCGCGUGGGGAGUGUAGCGGCUGUCACGGCAGCCCGCGGGCGGAGGAUGGAUGCGUAACGGGACGGAUCGAGCCAGCUGUGGCCUGCUUCUGACGGCAACAUCUGGCCGGUGAGUCGCGGGCGGCUCGCUUUUUUUUCUCGCGCGGGAGGCUUCGGUUCGAGUCCCGCUCUCCAGCCCCGUGAGUCGCUGUGACCUCGUCCUUGGCUGCCGGACGGCGGCUGAGUGAUCGAUGUGCGCGUUUGACUGACUGACAGGCUGCUGCGUGUGACAUGUGAUGGAGGCUCAUAUGAGGCUGUGGAUGUGAUGAAGAGAAUGAACGUGACAUGCUGGGCAAUGCAUUCAGUGCGGGGUGCAUGCAAACCUGCAAAUGCAAUGCAUGAGCUAUUACUGUUACUACUGUUUGUGCCAUUGCAUGCAUCACUGGGGGGUUAAACCCCCACUUGAUAGCCUCAGGAGAUUAAAUAUAUGCAUGUAUAUAGAUAUAUAUAUAAAGCACAAUAAUCUUAUCAUUGAGCCUCCUUAUGAAUCCCUAUAGAAAUCAAUACUACAGGUGCACGUGAGUCUCCUUAUAGGAAUAUUCUAGUGCUAUAGGAAGGUCACAGGGGUGUAAGAGAGCUUUAAAAACAAUCUCACCCAGUUUAAGGUCAAAGUGAAUCCCUGCUGGAUUAUCAUAGUGGGUGAAACACAGUAUGGUCACAACAUGGUAAACACUCAAAGCUCCCAGUGAUUCUCUGUGCAUUGUUUCUCCUCCUUGUCCACAUCCUGACCCGCUUGUAGUCCUUCUGCAGGGUCAGAGAGGGCGCCUCUGCAGCCAGCCGGCCCCUGACUGUCGCGGGGGGGAAGAGGUGGAGGCGAUGGAGGAGGGGGACGCGGAGGGGGAAGGGCCCAUGGCGGUCAGAGAGGGGCCGGGCGACCACGGCCUCCUGCCGGACACCAGCAGCACGACCACCACCAACCUCCUGGCGUCUGUCAAAGAGCAGGAGCUGCAGUUUGAGCGGCUGACUCGGGAGCUGGAGGAGGAGCGGCAGAUCGUGGCCAGCCAGCUGGAGAGGUGCAUGCUGGGAGCUGAGUCGCCAGCGGGAGACAGCAGCAGCUCAUCGGAGAAGUCGUUUGCAUGGAGGUCUGCAGGUGGAGAGUCGCAGGGCGGAGCCAUGGAGGCGUCUGGACGCCACCUGGAGGCGGAGGAGGGACUCUAUCUGCCCGAGCAGGACCGCAACUCCCUGCAUGACAACUCGGGAGGUCACUCGGCCCAGAUGACCACGUACUCGGACAGCGGGUACCAGGACAGCAGCGUCAGUUACUACAGCAACCAGAACGUUGUGCGUUCGGAGCCCCGGGCCUCGAUAUCGAGAAGCCCAAGGGCGGAGGGCCAAGCCUCCGGGCAGGCGUCCAGCCGGGUGCUGCGGAGGAUGGCCUCCCUCCCCUCCAGGAGCCAGUCUCCUGGCGGUGGCACCGCCGGCACUGUGUCGCCCUCCCGCAUCUCCCUGCGCACAUCCCAAGGCAGCACCUACGACUCGCCCAUCCUCUCCGAGCCCAAACCUCUGGCCGCCGUGUUCGCCGGCACCCCCAUGCCGCCCUCCUGCCCUUCGCCGACCUCACCGACCGGCGGCACACAGGCCCUGGGUGUUGGGGGAGUAGGCGCCUUAGGAGGAAGAGGCAAUGGCGGCCGCCUGGGCUCCACCCUCUCUCUGGUGGAGGGGAGGGUUUUGACGGGUUCCCCGCUGCGUUCAGGGAUGAUGGCGGUGCCGCAGCACUACGGCUCCACACUGCCCAGACAGAGCCAGCCGCUGGCCUACGGAGCUGACCCAUACGGCCUGUACCAGAGGAGCGCACUGCCCCGCCCCGACAGCCUCAUAGGGCUCCACAGCUCAUACGCCGGCCACGUGGGGCAGAUCGAUCCAGAGCUGAGGGCGGCGCUGUCUCCAGACUGCCACAUGACGCCCGUCUUCGAUGAGCGAUCCUUCCACAGCCCUCUGUACCAUAGCCCCACCCACGACCCCCAGGGCUCCCUCUACAGGACAGGCACAGGCAUGGGGACACUCCCUCGGACCACAAGCCAUUGCGGCACGCUGCCAUACCAAAGAAGCAGCUACGGGCUGAGCACUGCAGCUCUGUACGUCGACUCCUACCGGGCGUCUGGCGAGCCCGGCUACUCGCAGCGGCACUCGGGUCUGAUGGACCGGGUUGCUACACGCACCCCGUCCAUCGAGAGCAUACAUAAGGACCCUAGGGAGUUUGCCUGGCGUGACCCCGAGCUGCCAGAGGUCAUCCACAUGCUGCAGCAUCACUUCCCCUCCGUCCAGGCCAACGCCGCCGCCUACCUGCAGCAUCUGUGUUACGGGGACAACAGGGUCAAGGUGGAGGUGUCUCACCUGGGCGGCAUCCAGCACCUGGUUGACCUGCUCGACAACAAGGCGGCGGAGGUUCAGAAGAGCGCCUGCGGGGCCCUGAGGAACCUGGUUUACAGCAAGGCCACCGACAACAACAAGGUGGCGCUGAGGAACUGCGGCGGCGUGCCCGCGCUGCUGCGACUCCUCCGGAAAACCACCGACAACGAAGUUCGCGAGCUGGUCACUGGUGUCCUGUGGAACCUCUCCUCGUGCGACGCGGUGAAGAUGACCAUCAUCCGCGACGCCCUGAGCACGCUGACCAACACGGUCGUCAUCCCCCACUCGGGCUGGAGCAGCGUCUCGCACCGCGAAGACCACAAGGUCAAGUUCCAGUCGUCCCUGCUGCUGCGAAACACCACCGGCUGCCUGAGGAACCUGAGCUCAGCAGGGGAGGAGGCGAGGAGUCAGCUGCGUUGCUGCGAAGGUCUGGUCGACUCCCUGCUCCACGUCCUCAAAGCCUGCGUCAACACCUCCGACUACGACAGCAAGAUUGUGGAGAACAGCAUCUGCACCCUGAGGAACCUCUCGUACCGGCUGGAGGUGGAGAUGCCCUCCUCUCGUCUCCUCAGCAACCAGGAGCUCGACACCCUCCUGGGCUUCGCCUUUCCGGGCAAAGAGCUGGACUACCUCUGCUGGGGCAAGAGGAGGCGCGGCAGGAAGCGCAGCGGCUGGCCCGACGACAAGUGGGACGACGGGGGGCCGAUCCCAGGCUUCUCCCAGCCUCUGAGAGGAGCCGAGCUGCUGUGGCACCCGAUGGUGGUGAAGCCGUACCUCAACCUGCUGGCCGAAAGCUCCAACCCCGCCACGCUGGAGGGGGCCGCCGGGUCACUGCAAAACCUCUCCGCCGGAAACUGGAAGUUUUCGGCGUACAUCCGAGCGGCGGUGCGUAAGGAGAAAGGUCUGCCCAUCCUGGUGGAGCUGCUGAGGAUGGACAACGACCGGGUCGUCUGCUCCGUGGCCACAGCCCUCCGCAACAUGGCGCUGGACAGCCGCAACAAGGAGCUCAUAGGAAAGUAUGCCAUGCGCGAUCUGGUGAACCGGCUGCCCGGCAGCAGCCCAUCGGUGCUGUCGGACGACACGGUGGCGUCGGUGUGCUGCACGCUGCACGAGGUCACCAGCCGCAACAUGGAGAACGCCAAAGCUUUAGCGGACAGCGGCGGCAUUGAGAGGCUGGUGGACAUCAGCAAAGGGCGAGGGAAAGGGUACUCGAUGAAGGUUGUGAAGGCAGCGGCUCAGGUGUUGAACACACUGUGGCAGUACAGGGAGCUGCGGAACCUCUACAAGCAGGACGGAUGGAACUACACCCACUUCGUCACUCCCGUCUCCACCCUGGAGCGAGACCGCUACCGCUCCCAGCCGACCCUGCCCACCAGCCCUCUGCAGAUGUCUCCUGUUAUCCAAUCAGGUGGUAGUGCAACAUCUUCUCCAGCGAUGCUCGGGAUACGAGGACACAGUUCAAACUAUCAGAGGGCGCAGUCAUCUAUGCAACUCGACACCUAUUACGGAGACAACAGUUUACACAAACAGCAGUACACAGGGUCUGAGAAGAAAACGCCGUAUUUCAUCGGGACAUAUUCUUCCCAGUCAGGGGAGGAUUUGAGAAGAUCCCAGCACCCAGAGCCAUUCUACGAUGAGCCCGACAGGAAGAACUACAACAGCUACAGAAUGUACCUGUCGUCCCCACAAGACUUUGGAGAGGAGCAGUACGACGACGAGCCGGUCCACCUGACCCCGUCCUCCCCCGACGGCUACGCCAGCCAGUCCCUCCGGUUCAAAGCCAACACCAACUACGUGGACUUCUACUCCACCACGCGGAGGCCUUCAAACAAGGCCAACAAGUUCACGGGCUCCCCUGACUCCUGGGUGUAGAUCCAAAAGCGCGUACAUCGAGCUUUGUCGUUACGGUCGUCUGUUUCUGUGGGUGUUUGUGUGCGUGGGGGUGUGCACACGGGUGCUGUAUGGUUGUGUGAAAGGUGGAGGAUGCAUGUGAACGUGUGUGCGUCUGUGUUGCAACUGUACUGAAUGACCAGGGCGGUGUUUGCCAUGUGCAGCUUUUGAUUAAGUUGCGACAUGUGCGCAAUCAUGCAGAUAAAUUCAAACUGUCCAUUUAUUUUUGAUAGAUUAGAUCAGGGGUCAGCAACCUCAGGCGAUGGCACGCGGCGCCAUAAUCACUGGCACACAGGCGAUUUCUUAUUAAAGAAAUGUUCAAAGGUUUUGCCGUCACGCAGCCUGUAUUAUUUAGCUUGAUCGAUGUUAACACCUCCCAGCCACUAGGUGCCAGUAAUGCGCCAUAGGCUGGGUGCCAAUCGCCAUUAAAUAAUAAUAAGAAGAAGCAUCACGUUUCAAAGAUCAGGCAGACGAGGGAGAAUCGAUCAAACGUGGUGUCCAGGUAGGAGAAGCCAACUCUCUCAAAGUCUUUGCCACUGCCAACGACUUAUUAUUGCAAUCAUAAUGAGAUAAACAUGUUUGUUUGAAGUGUUGUUCUAUAUAUAGCCAAUAUGGAUGGAAUAAAAUGACAUGU